GCUCUGCCUUGUUCAGCUCCUUGCCUCUGAGCUGCUGGCCUUGUUGUUCCCACGAUCGCAUUUGAUUACAACUGAGCUUCUUGCGUUUUCUCUAGAGUCCCAACAGGAUCUCUGUUUUGUCUUCGGCUAGGUAAGGGUAUGCCGUGAAAUAUCCCAACCCAAUGCCGCAGCCUGCCAAUUCCAACUCCCCCGCCGGCCGCGGGGUCAGCAAAAAUCCGCCGAUAAAAUCAAAGCCCCUCGAUAUUGGGAAACCGUUGGGGCUCUACGACACCAACUCCGUGCGAGCCAAGGUCCGUAAGUGGCAGCAACAGGGCGGCGGAGUGAUUACCGCCGACGAUGUUAUUUACUACGAGGAGGAUGAUGAGAAUGCUUCCACUGCCGAGUCGAAGCCGAAGCCUACAAACACUACAACGAGGAAGCGAAGCAAGAGUACCCCGCGAAAACGGUUGGUUAGUGAUGAACACUGGAAGCUGAAUCGAUCGUCAACGCAGGCGCCCAAAGCCAAACCUCCACCACCGAGACGUGGGCGUAUAGUCCCGGAGUACACCACAAACGAACCAUUACGUCCAGCGCGAUCAGCAAAAGGAGACGAUAAAGAGCCGCCUCUACUGUCUCCGCGGUUGUCUCCACGAAAGCGACGAGACGACAUUAAAGACGGUGCGGUUUCGCCACGGGCACUUCGAGAGAGACGGAAAUCGCAUGCGUCCGGCGAUAUUGAUUCCAUUAUCGAGAAGCUGGAGAAGGAGCAUGCGUCACAUAAUAAUUCGUCCAAGCCGUCAUCACGCCCUUCAACAGCUGAUAAGAAGCGGUCCAGCACAAUUUCAGAACCCGCGCAAAGUCCAAAAAAAAAGGAAUCAACCCUCGACUACGACUCUGAAUGGGCUGCCAGUGAGGCAGACUUUUCUGAAUUAUCGAGGCGACGUGCACGCGGCGCACCUCAUACUUCGAAACAUGCUCCAGCAAAGCCACCCAAGGGUGGCAUUCUUGGACAGAUUGUAGACGAAUCGAGGAAGAUGUUUAGUAAACCAGAGCCAAGGCCGGAGCCACCCAAGCAUCCGGCUCCGAAUCGAGGUGCCAAAAUUGAAGCAUGGCUGUCCAACACGCCUGACCCAUUCUUGGACGAUAAGAAUUCGGAUGUCGAAAUACCCGCGCCGCUGAAGACUAGAAGGAAGAAACACAUUGAAAUUGUGGACGAGCCAACAGAAGGAGACCAAACUCGAUUGUCUAGUCCUGAACCUUCGGGAGGCAGCGAUCUCCCGCAGAAAACUUCCAAGCGGCGAGUAAAGAGUGGAGAGACUACGUCUAGCGGCGAGCGACCAGGGUCGAGAGAUGAUAAACAUACUACCAAGGGGUUGCAGAGAGAUCCUUCGCCGUCUCUCCGGACAAGGAAAUCUAGCGAGAGGAAAACUAGCGAAAAGAAGCAGGGCAGGUCACCCUCUGGCACCAGCAAAGAUGGUAGCCGCAAGCUCGAUGAUAAAGAAAGAGCAUCUGGUGCUGGAACCCAACCAUUUGAGUCUGAAAUUCCAAGCAAGGACACCUCUGAAUCGCUGGUUCAAAAACGACAGGGAACCUGGGACGGGUCAGCAAAAACGUCCGAAGGUACCGAGAAAAAAAGGACUCCUUCUCAAACUACUUUCGCAAGUGAGGAAAGAGACAAGGUGGAUCCAGAUUCGCUAGCUAUCGUUUCCUCGCAAAUGAAGAAACUUACAACGCAUGACGACUUGAUGUCUGUUCUUUCAACAUCAACCACAAGAAGCAGGAGUCUCCGGUCUGCGAGGAGUCUCCGGAGCAGCAAAGAUAGAAAACCCACAGUCGCCGAUAUUCUGAAAGAACUAUCCCUGGAUGAAGCAAAGUAUAUGCGCGAGCUCAAGACCCUUGUGGGCGGAGUGAUCCCGGUUCUUCUGACAUGUGUUCUUUCUCGCUCUGACUCGGCCAUUGCUGCUGGCCUCUUUCGCCCUUCUGCGAACCCUCAGGAUGAGCUCACUUUCACCAAGCCAAUUGUGAACAUGGGUGUUGCCAUUGAACGACUGAAACUGUUACACAAGCGUAUUCCACUUGAUGCUGCAGAUGCCUUACUUCAAUGGGCACAGGGAGCACAGAAGGUUUACCGCGAAUACCUCAAGGCUUGGAGAUUAGGGUUCAAAGAUGUGGUGGUUAAUCUAGCCCCGCUAGAAGAAGGGGAAGAGGUAAAGGACGCCGAUACUAAGAGUCUCGAUGACGGCAUGUCUAGAGAUGAGAAUGGUGACAUUGUGGAUGGAGACGGACAGAAGGUUGAUGUUGCCUAUUUGCUGAAGCGGCCGCUGGUACGCUUGAAAUACCUCGCAAAGACUUUCAAAGGCAUCAACAUGCUAGAGCCGUCCCCCAAAGCCGAAGAGAUAUCUACGAACUAUCAAAACCUUGUAGUAGAGGCUCGUCGACGUGCGCGAGAAGAAAGGGCUAGGCUUGAGGACGAGUCGGCUGCCGCUAUUGACCCAAGUCGCGCUCGUGAUCCUGAGACCUUGGGAGCGUUGACGGGUGUCACCAUCGACAAGACUCGCAGAGUUCGUGCCCGCGAUUUCUUCAACCUGUCACUCUACCAUUCAAGUGGCCAGGUUAUCGACUGUCGUUCUGAGAUUCUGUUUCGUGAUAACGCUGCUGAGCAUGGUCCUGGUGGAGAUUUGCUUAUAUGCGAAGUUGACCAUGCAGACCGUUGGUUGCUCUUCCCUCCCAUAGAUAUCGGAUGCGUUUCUGCGCGCAAUGGAGAUAAAAAGGGAGAGAUUGUGGUUAUGAUUCGCAGCCCGCCUGGACGGGAACGGCGCUUUCAAGAACUCUUAUCGCUCGAAAUCGAUGAGGAAGAUGUAGGCAUGGAAUGGAUUCAAAUGCUUGGUAGAACACCUAUUCCACCUGCUAUCUCCCGGUCUCAGAGCUUUAUUGAACGCGCAAGGCAACGACAACGCGCGCAAACGGUGUCUUCGCCAAAUGAAGUCUCUUUGGCUCAGCGAACUCCUCCAAGCCCAACGAACGUUGCCAUUCCCAUUGGAGAGAAACCAACGUCCUCCCAUGCAUCGCGACGCUCCUGGACUGCUAAGGAAUCAUGGUCAGAUCCCAGCGCCAUUGAUUCGUUCGCAGCUACCGAAUCUCAGGUCUCAUCACAUACUGAUAUUACACGCCAAUCAGACUGUGAUCUCACAGAGAAAGAGUCAUCUAAGCCUUUCGCAAAUACCCAAUCGAUUCUUCAUUCCAGGGACCCGCGAAAGCUUGUUACUAGUGAUGAUAAGUCCCCUCAAGGUCUCAAGCGCUCCGGCGCAAAGAGAAUAUCUAAAUAUGGUGAACUCGGCCCCCAGAGCCCUCUCUCGCCUACGGGUGCGUCUCCUUCGACUCCGUCACGGAAUCGGGAAGAAAUCAAACGCGCGGAGCAACCUCCAUCGCACCAUCAGAAACAAGCCACCCCAAAGACCCCCACUAGAGCGGAAUCGACGGAGAGUCCGCGAGUUUCCUCAGUGCCUUCAGCGGAUCUGCCUUCUAUUCCCAAGCUCCGCCAAGGUAGUAGUACUUCAUACAUACCAGAUCCCGAGCCAGAAGAAGAGUAUGAUAUAUACUACAACCUUCUUCCCGAAACUCCAACAAAGAGCAAGAGGCAUUCUUGUUCCGGCUCCGAAUCUGACGCGUCAAACGGAGAUGGGCCUCCACCGCCUCCUCCCCAUUCGCGCUCGCCCAGUUCCACCGGCUCUAGCCUGCCAGGCACCCCGAUUCUGAGUCCAACUGCUGGACGAAUGAGACGGCGGGGUUCUUCACCUCUGAAACACGAAUAUGAACCUUCCACCGCGUCCGAUUCUUACUCUGACUCUGAUACCUCUACCGUGCGCCGCUAUGACAUGUAUUCUGAUUCGGAUAGCGUUACGGACAGUUCAGAUGAGGACUCAGAGGACGAAAUCCCCUCUAGAGUACGGUCAAGGACCUCUCGAGGGGUCUCCCGGCUUGAGGAGCAAGAAUCGGACCUGAGUACUCUAUCGUUGACGAAUUCGACAAGUCAGGCCGGUUAUCGAUCCGUCCCAUCCCAGCCAAGCAAGUCGUCUUCUGCUUUCGCCACUGUUUUUGCUUGGUCGGAUAAGGGCUCUUGGGAAAGCAUCUUCCCAGAUGAAUGCAAGGUCAUUAUCAGCCCUGGGCUUGUUGAAGCCUAUGAAAUGAAGGAUGACCCGCUUGCAAAUGGCGAUAACGCACCGAAUAAUGUUCGCCCGAUUAUUGCUCUCGAAUUGACGCCGCUGGUCCCUAUACGCCGUGGUACAGCCAUCGAUAUUAGCAUUCGCUCUCCUCCAACCCCGCGGUCCAGAGUCAGCUGGAGCAAUAAUAUCAUGUUCCGCUCCAGGAACGCGGAGGAAUGUGAGGUUCUAUAUGGCCUGAUCAACCAAGCCCGCACUAACAACCCGACAUACAUCGCUCUACAAAACGCUCGAGGACCGUUGGACGACAUUCCAGCUCCAUUAGAGCGUGCGACUAAGAGCUCCGGCUUCUUUGGCUGGCCCCGCCGCAGAAAGAGCUACCGUGCCUCUGCCUCUCCGCGCUCCCUCGCAGACAACUCUGAAAGUAGCGUAGGCACCAUGAGCAGCGCUUUCUCCGCUCUAAAACGCUUCGGUGCGGGAAGCAAGAUGUUCAGCAUCUCCCGGUCCUCCGUCAGUUCACGCAAGAAGGACGCCGAGGGAAGCUUAUAUUCUAGUUCCGCCGCCUCCGGUGGAUUCAACAGCGGUGGCAUCGGCCGCAUCGCAGCAGCCAUCAAGGGUGUCGACGGAAUUGGCCUCUCAAACGCGAAGAUCCGCCUCUACGCCCGCGAAACCCAGUCCAAAUGGCGCGAUAUGGGUGCCGCCCGGCUGACGAUCAUGCCCGCACCCUCACGACGCUCAUCGGCUGAACACCACCAAGCAGACACCGCAACAACUACGCCUGAUGAGAACCCAGAAGCAAGCACAGACGCGAUCAGCCCGCCAUCCUCCGGCGCUGCCUCGCCGCAACGGGUCAUGGAGCAGCGCAACAAGAAACGCAUCAUCAUCCGCGGGAAAACACGCGGCGAAGUCCUCCUUGACGUUUGCUUGGAUGAGAGCUGCUUCGAGCGCGUCGCAAGAACAGGUAUUGCCGUUUCUGUACGUGAGGAGGACGAAGACGGGCCCCCUGUUACUGAAAAGGGUGGUGUCACCAUUGGAAGUUCUCGUGUUUACAUGAUUCAGAUGAAAGGUGAAGCCGAAGCGGCGUACACAUUUGGACUUGUCGGGAAGAUGAAGUAUUAGUAACCCAGCCCAUUAUGUCUACACGAGUUGUGUCUAUUCUCCUCCGAUCUGUUCUCCGCCCUCUUCUCUCUGACUAUGGCUUCAUGUUUUAUUGUCUCGUAUUUAAGCCCUGCAUUGCAUUUUGGCGGAUUGUUUUUUGUCUUCCCUCAUUUACUUCAUUUUCUCUUGGUUCGCAGCAUAUACAUUUUCAUAUACUUGAUACAUCCACAUACCCCUACGCGCUGAUUCACCUUAACCAGGCCAUUAUUGCAAGCGGAACCUAUUCCGGCUUCCACAUAACUACUUAGUCUGAAGUCAAUUAGCUCAAA